AUGGAGACCGAGAGUCUUUACGGGAAUAAUUACAGCGCGCGGCCCGCGCUGGAAGCGGCGGGCGCGCAGCGGCAGGGGGCCACCUUCCAGAAAGUCUUCCAAGCGGCGUGCGCGCGCGAGCACAGCCUGCUGCGCGCUGCUGAGCUGCCGGGCGCCAGCGCGCCCUGCGGCCCCGAUCUCGCGGCCUCGCGCGAGCGCGCGGCGGGCGAGGGCUUUGGCGCCUUCUACGACGCCGCGUGCCGGCAGAGCGCCGCCAUCUUGAGCCAGUCGCAGCGGGAGGAGGCGGCGGCGACGGUUGGUGCCGGUGGUGGUGGCUACGGACGCUCUCCGUUCGUCGUCCGGACGCUCUUCAACACCUCUGCCGACCUGUGCCCCGACCGAGAGAAGGGAAGAGAUUGCCGUUGCGACGGUCAUGACUUCGAAGAUCGCGAGCUGGGCGGCGAUUACCCCUCAGAGAGCGAGUUCAGCGGCAGUUGCUCCUACUCACUGACUAGCGACACAGCUCGGGAGCUUUGCAAAGCCGUUUCGGUUUCAAUGGGCCUUAACAUCGAUAGCAAUGAGCUGGGGGAACUGCAUUCGCCCUAUGGCCCCAACGGCAACCAGAGCAAGAGGGAUUGCAUGUUCUCCUUCCCUCCCACUAACAGUAACACGUCCAUUGGCAUCGACAGCACCAUGGCAAUGCCUACUGAUGACCCAUGCCCCGGCUCCCAAAAUAUGAGGCUAGCCAGCAGGCUGGAAACUGAUGAUGAGCUUGACAGAGGGGGACUUGGGGAGUCAGAAAACAGCGUAUAUUCCACACAGUAUGAGAUAGCACACUCAAGAAGGGAGACGGUUUGCAGAGUGUUAGUUGAAGAUGCCAGCGCAAAUGAAUGUAUCGCCAGGGCCCAAGAAACCAAAUCCAUUGGUGGAAAAAGCCAGGCGACCGAUUAUACCGACAAGGAUCAUAAGCAAUGCCACUUUGACAGAAUGUUUCCAAGUAACUAUGAUCACGACCAACCUUCCUCUGAAGAAAGCACCUUGUACAACCUGUCAAAUAGAAUUGGCUUGAGAGAUGCCGAUAACUGUGACCUUAAUAAUGACAGCUCACGCCAUGCCCAAUUCGGUUUAGCUACAAGCAUUAAAAUUAAAAUAGAGGAACCCGCCACCAUGGACCACCGCAAAGCGUUUUCUCCUCAGUGCAGACACAUGGACUGCACAGCCACACCACUUUAUGGAUCCACGCCGUCUUGGUGUUAUGUUGAGAAGGGGAGUUUUGAGAAUGACUAUGGUGGUUCUUCUGAUUAUCCAAGUAAUGAUUUAGCAGUUCGGGAUAACGUUAUUACAUCUGAUUCGUGGUACUCAAGUGGACUGAUAGAUAGAGUGCCACAUCCAGCUUCAGGCCAUAUUAAAAGUGAAAUGGAUAGCUGGAUCGAUGGAUACUACAACAUACGAUUGGAUAAUACAAGGAAUCUCGGUCUCCAAAUGGACUACUUUUUUCAACCUCAGAAAACCUGCCUUAUUUGUGGAGAUGAGGCAUCAGGAUGUCAUUAUGGAGCACUCACCUGUGGCAGUUGCAAAGUAUUCUUCAAGAGAGCAGCUGAAGGAAAACACAAAUUUCUAUGUGCUAGCAGAAACGAUUGCACAAUCGAUAAAGUACGGAGAAAAAACUGUCCAUCAUGUCGUUUGAGAAAGUGCUUUGCAGCUGGAAUGACACUUGGCGGUCGAAAAUUAAAGAAUCCACGACCAUUCCAAACUGCAGAGGAAGCCGACUCUUCAGUUUUACAAAAGCAACAGGACAGCACGCUCUCUAUUGUACCAAGGAUUGGUGUACCAAGGAUGCAGAAAUUUCAGUGUCAGCCACUGUUUCUCGCUGUGCUGCAAUCUAUUGAGCCUGAUAUGGUAUACGCAGGCUACGACAAUACACAGCCUGAUACAUCUGCCAGUUUGUUAACAAGCCUCAAUGAACUUGGGGAAAGACAACUUGUGCGUGUUGUCAAAUGGGCAAAGGUCUUACCAGGUUUUCGCAAUUUACAUGUGGAUGACCAAAUGAGUCUCAUACAGUAUUCGUGGAUGGCAGUUAUGGUCUUCGCAAUGGGUUGGAGGUCCUAUAGAAUUGUGAAUUCCAGAAUGCUCUACUUUGCACCAGACUUGGUAUUUAAUGAGCAACGAAUGCAAAAAUCAACUAUGUAUAAUCUCUGUGUGGAAAUGCAGCGACUGUCCCAGGAAUUUCAGUGGCUUCAGAUCUCUCAGGAUGAGUUCCUUUGCAUGAAAGUGUUGCUACUGUUUAGCAUCGUUCCAGUCGAAGGUCUGAAAAACCAGAAAUACUUUGAUGAACUGCGUAUGAACUAUAUUCAGGAACUGGACAGAGUCAUUUCCUUUCAAGGGAAGGAUGCCACACACAAUCCACAGCGUUUUUAUCAACUAACCAAGCUCCUAGACUCACUACAGAUAACAGUGAGGAAACUCCACCAGUUUACAUUCGAUCUAUUUGUUCAGUCUCAGUCUCUGAGCGUCCAGUUCCCUGAAAUGAUGGCAGAAAUAAUCUCUGCCCAGGUACCAAAGAUCCUCGCUGGUAUGGCCAAACCGCUUCUUUUUCAUGAACAGUGACAUUCAUUGCUUACAUAUGUUAUACUGCCUGUAACUGUACUACCUAGAGUUUAUCUUGUUUUCAAAAUCAUCAGUUCAGUCAAAUGCUACAUCUGAUCUGA